AAUGAAUCACGAAGCCGAAAAUGCUCCUUUGAUUUAAGAAGAAUUUCCUGUUCAAUAAUCUCAUGUAUCUGUGCAAGAGUAACCAAAAGUAGUUUCAAUCAAUAAAUUAUUCCUUCAAAAUACUGCUUAAGCUUUUAGUCCAGGUAUGAUGAUUAGUAAACAAAUCUACGUUUUUUCAAGAACUCUAAAAAAGUAUUGAUUUAUAUAAAUACCAUUUAGAUCUAUAGAAUAGUAUAGAAAUAAUGAGAAAAUCCAAUUUGUCAAGAAUGUCUCAUCAUCUUUGGAAGAAUUUGAUGGAGUUUCUUAUAGCAAUGAUGCAUUAAAUUAAGAUUAAUCUAUCACAGCAAAAGGGUUUAAGUUUUUUGGCAAAGCAAUCUCUAAGAUUAGAGACACUAUUAGAGGAACAUAAUCACAACAAGAACCAUAAGGAAAUUAAUAAUAAAAUAGAAAUGAAUCUCUAUUUCCAGAAUAAAGUCAAAGGAUAGAUGAAGAACAUAUAUGAA